AUGCAUCUGAUGUUUAUAUUAAAUCGACGCCUUUUUACGACUCGGAAAGACACUCAAAUAUUCCUCCGAUAUUUUUCUUAAGAUUCACCGAAUGGACUAGAAUUGAACUAAAUACCUAGGCGACGGUUGGACCUUCUUUCGACUCGCAAGAAAACAAAGAACCUUGUCUACCGCGGAGGACGUCAGCUGGGGGGGGAAAUACAAUACUCGGUUCCCGGUAGACGGAACUCGCAGCAAACUUUAUUGAACUCAGUCAUUAUCUUCGCUCGUAUGUUGAAAAGUGUUUUGACUAGAUGGAUAACACAUGUGGCUAAGUGGCACGUUUGAUGUGAAUUAUUGUCAGACUGCUUUCUGGGACAUCAAUAUAAUAUUCUGACCGCACACGCGAGGGAAUUAGUUCUUACAACUUCGAGAGUGGAACGUUGGUAAAAUGGUGCAAAAGCUAGCCUUUGGACUUCUCCUCAUCCUUGGAGCUCUUCCUCUAUCACAUCAAGAACGGAAAAAACUACACAUCGGCACACUUAUUCCUGGUUUAGGAAAUGAAGAUUUUUUUGGCUUCAAAAGGGCCAUCGAAUUCGCAGCAGAAACGAUUUAUGAUCAGGGCUUGCUGCCGGGUUACGAACUGGUGUUUAACCACAAAGAGACCUUGCGUAUGCCUGCAAAGGCAAUACAAUCCCUGAUUGAGUUCAAAAGCGAAAAUUCUUCAAGUGCAGUAAAAAUUUGCAUUCUUGGACCGUCAACGUCAAAAAUCGCUCGCUAUACUGCUCAAUUGGCGUCAAUUUGGGGAACAUUGCAGGUAUCGUAUGGAGCUUCUAGUCCAGAACUUACGUCAGGUGUAUUUCCAAAAUUUCUCAGCGUUUUACCGACUUCAAACUCGUUGAACAAGGCUAUGAUUGAAUUGACAAAAUUCUUUAGCUGGAGACGAGUUGCGUUGGCCUACGACAUGGAAGAGAAGUCCCUUUUUCUUCCUGCUAUGAAUGCUCUUAGGGAUAGACUUAAGGCCGACAAAGUGGAAAUCCUCACAGAAGAGGGAAUAAGUUCGAACGAAAGGGAUAGGAAAUUCUUUGUACAAACUUUAAAGGAGAAAGAUGCAAGAGUUGUGGUUGCCUUGAUGAGGAGUGACACACUUUUAACAGUCAUGUGUGAGGCCUUCAAACAAGGUUUCUAUGGGGAUAAAAUCGUUUGGGUGGCGUAUUAUACACAGUUGUCGUUAAACCAGGGAAGAAACAUUGCCUGUAACGAAACAGACCUUUUGACUGUCCUCGAAGGAACGUUUGCUCUGAAUGUUCAAUAUCUUCGAACAGAUAAAAAUAAAACCAUAUCUGGCCUGACAGGCACUGACUACAAAAUGAAGAUGCUGCAAAAAGGAAUUUUUCCCUUUUUAAUUCCUCGAACUUCAAUAGCCUUCGACACAACGUGGCUCCUGGCAUUGAGCCUGAAUGAUUCUUUCGACGAUGCCAUAAAAAUGCAGUCCUCCAUUUCGGAUACCCAGUAUUUCCUGUUGGGACAUAAGCUGAAGCUGCGAAUGAUGUCUAGAGAGUUUGAAGGAAUCUCGGGAAAAGUAGUGUUCAAUUCAACAGAAAGACUAGGAACGGUUGUCAUACAGCAGAAAAGAGAAGGCCGUUUGGUCGACAUCGCACAACAUCAUUCGUCUUUAAACCUUUUAACAUUUUUCCCAAACCAGUCGAAACCUGAAGUAUUAUUUAAAGGUACCAAAUAUAUCCAAGAUGGUCCCCGUCAUAUUAAUGAACUACGGCAUUAUUCUUUGACACUGUUGAUCGCGAUUUGGGUCGUGUGUGCGUUCGCUAUCACAAUUGCUCUGGCCUUGUUUUACUUCAACAUCAAAAAUCGUGAAAUUAGAUAUAUAAAAAUGUCAUCGCCCCACGUCAACAAUAUCAUCAUAUUUGGAGGAUUUCUCUGUUACACCAAAGUCGUGUUCGACACGCUCGACUCGAGAUUUGUUUCCUUGGAAACCUACGGUCACUUUUGCAAUGCUCGAGUAUGGAUGAUGUCGCUUGGUUUCACAACAGCAUUUGGGGCAAUGUUCAGUAAAACGUGGAGAGUUCAUAGAAUAUUCACCGCUUCCAAGAAUUUCAGAAGAGCGGUCAUCAAAAACUUCCAUCUAUAUGGUCUGCUCUUCGGCUUGUUAGCGGUGGACUGUUUGUUAUUAACUGUAUGGAUGGUCAUUAGUCCUUUUCGUUCCGGGACACUUUCACUCCCCUCGGAGGACGACAAUGAAGCGGACGAAAUUAUCCAUCCAUACAUCUUCAACUGCACUUCAAAACAUGAAAAAUACUUUCUCAUAACCACCCUAGGAUAUAAGGGUCUCUUGCUGGUGUUCGGGAUUUUCCUCGCGUGGGAAACACGAAACAUCGAAAUCAAAGCCCUGAAUGACUCCAAAUACAUUGGUAUUUCCGUUUAUAAUGUCGUCAUCUUGUCCGUUAUUGGUGUGAUUUUGGCGACGACAAUGGCGGGGUCUGAUCGCUAUAACGUGUACCUGGCCCUAAUGUCGCUUGUGGUCGUAUUAUGUACAGCUGCCACCCUGGGGAUUGUGUUCGUUCCUAAGAUUAUCGGUCUUCAGCGCAUAAUCAACUCGACAACAAACGAGAAACUUGAAACGGUAUACUCCGUAAAAAGCAGCGACGAUGGCCAAACGCCGUGCUGUUGUUGCGAGGAGUGUAAGUGUAAAUGCUCGGGGAGGGGUCGGAAAGCUUCGAUCCACGUCAGCAACAAAUUUCUGGCCGGGGCUUCGGGCAACCGGAGGAAAUCUCGAGCUCCGAGCGUUCCCAGUGUAAGCGUGACGAAGCCGAAGGUCAGCGUUCAUAUAAACGCGAGGGUCAGUUUAUCGACUUAUCCAAUAUCGGAAAGUCCUAUGACUAGCCCCGAGGACUCAUCCCGACUCGCAUUUUUGUCGAACAACGAGGCUUGAUCGACAAAAAGAUCGAAGGUUGGAAGAGAGAUUAUAAAAAAUUACAAGCAUUUUUGGUCCGUUGUGUUUGUUAUCGCAUCGCUCUCGUGAAACAACACAUUGGGAGAUCCUAACAACACUGUUACGAUGAAUUUUUACAUCAUUAUGAUCUUUCUUCAGCAAAAAUCCUAUGCAAUUGGUCGUUACUUCGACAUGUGGCGGAUGUAAAAUAGUGCCAAUAUACAUCCUUGAUCAGUAAACAAUGAUUUCCCUGCACCACAGUAAAGACUUGAUAAACUCCAAAGUUUCGAAUCUAUCUACCUCACAUCACUGCAAAAGAAGUAAAUCUUCAAGUUCUUUUUUACCUGUUUCUACCGUGAAGAAAUUUGAGAAAGU